UUUUGAUCUUCAGACCCACAUUGAACCCAACAUGGGCUACACUCUGCUCAUAGACAACUACGACUCGUUCACUUGGAACAUUUACUCUGACCUCGCAACGCUAGGAGGAAAUCCAUUGGUCAGACGAAAUGACAAAAUCACCAUCGAAGAAGUCGAGGCAAUGUACAAUGCAGGAGACCUCGACCGUAUAUGUAUUUCGCCUGGACCUGGUCAUCCCAAGACAGACUCUGGAAUCAGUCGAGAAGUCAUCACCUGGGGUAUGGGCAAAGUUCCAAUAUUAGGCGUCUGCAUGGGUCUAGAGUGUCUAGUGGAUGUCCUCGGUGGAGAGAUCGCCUAUGCGGGCGAGAUCAAGCAUGGUAAGACGUCACUCGUCGAGCACGAUGCGCUCGGCAUAUUCCAUUCGCUCCCCCCGCUUCUCGCCUCCACUCGCUAUCAUUCUCUUUCCGCCUCCAUCCUCAGUCUGCCCAAAGAACUCCAAGUCAGCGCCACGACAAAGGAGUCAGGUGUCAUCAUGGGUGUUCGUCAUCGUACAUACUGUGUCGAAGCCGUUCAAUAUCAUCCCGAAUCGUGCAUGUCCGAAGGCGGUCGAGGUCUCGCUGCCAAUUUCCUGAAAAUGAAAGGUGGGACCUGGAGCGAGAAUGCCUGGUGUGGAGUAGAGGCGGCACCCAAGGGAUCGGCAACGGCCCUUGUGAAUGGAUCAGCAUCCUCGCCUUCCGCUCCUCGUGUGCCGACGAUUCUGGAGAAUAUUCGAGCGCAACGACUCGUCGACGUCGAACAAAGCCAAUCGGCCCCUGCCACUACCCCUGCCAUCCUCUCCACCUCGCUUUCUCUGCACACUGCUCCAUCUCAAAUCAACCUCAUCGCUCGCCUCACCUCCACCCCUCAUACCGCCAUCAUGGCAGAGAUCAAACGUGCAUCACCCUCCAAAGGUGAUAUCGCCAUCUCCACCAACGCUCCAGAACAGGCCAUCAAGUACGCUCUCGCAGGCGCUUCAGUGAUCUCUGUGCUCACCGAGCCAAAAUGGUUCAAGGGGAGCUUGAGCGACAUGCUAUCCGUCCGACAAGCACUGGAAUCGUUGCCCAAUCGACCGGCUGUCCUACGCAAAGACUUUAUCCUCUCCACCUAUAUGAUCGACGAGGCCAGACUUCACGGAGCAGACACCGUCCUCCUCAUCGUUGCCAUGCUUGAUCGGCCGUUACUCGAAAAGCUUUACAGAUAUUCGCUCUCUCUCGGAAUGGAACCUCUCGUCGAGGUCAACAAUCCCGAUGAAUUACAGACAGCCCUGGAGAUCGGGGCCAAGGUGAUCGGGGUGAACAAUCGAAAUUUGCACGAUUUCAACGUCGACAUGUCGACCACCUCCAGGGUCAACGCGGCUCUUCAGGGGCGCGACGUGAUCCUCUGCGCCUUGUCAGGGAUCUCAAGCCCCGAAGACGUGCAAAAGUACGUGAAGGAAGGUGUCAAAGCUGUCCUCGUCGGCGAAUCCCUAAUGCGAGCACCUGAUCCAUUCACUUUUCUCCGUUCAUUGAUCAGUCUGCCACCCCUCAAGCCAGUCGUCAUUCGCCCACUGGUGAAAAUUUGUGGGUGUCGGUCGGUUGCUGAUGCCAAAGUGGCAUUGGCCGCCGGAGCAGACAUGAUUGGAGUGAUCCUCGUUCCUGGGACCAAGCGUCAGGUGACGCACAGCGUCGCCGGGGAGAUUUCUCGAGUGGUUCGGUCAUCCUCACGUGCCAGUACCUCCACCGUCGAUCCCUCGCAGCCCUGGUUCACCUUUCACGCCUCUCACCUCGCCUCUCGCCGCAGACCCCAAUUGGUCGGUGUGUUCCGCAACCAGCCGCUGCCAGAGAUCCUGGAUGCCGUCGACACCAUCGGCCUCGACAUGGUCCAGCUGCAUGGUGACGAACCACAGUCGUGGGCACGGUUCAUUCCUGUUCCAGUGAUCAAAGUGUUCCGCGUCGAUCACCAGGGCAAGAUUUCUGGAGGCGAGGUCGAUCGACCGGGACUGAACCAAUUUGCCCUGCUCGAUGCCGGUGAUGCAAGUGGGGGAGGAGGAGGCGAGGGGAAGACAUUUGACUGGAGCACGGCCAAGUCAAUCGUCCAAAGCGGUCAGGUCGGGAGUGGAGGGAGGUACCCACUCCCAGUCAUUCUAGCGGGUGGAUUGACACCGGAAAACGUGGUCAGGGCGCUGGAAGAAGUCCCUGGUGUAUUGGCUGUCGACGUCAGUAGUGGGACCGACUCGUCAGAUGGUUGCGGCAAGGAUCCGAGCAGGGUCAAGGCGUUCAUAGAUGCUGUACGAGCUACAGGAUGAUGCAUUAUGAUACAUGGGUC